AUGGAGAAGAAGCACUCGAGCGACGGCAGUGCCGGGAGCCACGCCGUCGGCGACAUGUCCCAGCUGGAAGCUCAGGCCCAGCUGCGCGCCGUCCAGCUGCACCACCUGCACGACCCCAACCUGCCCGACGACUUCAUCGACGACGUGGCCAUGGCGCUGGCCUCGUCCAACCCCAAGGCCGUGCUCACCGAAGUCGCCCAUGUCCUCGAGGACUCGCCGUACCCCGAGGUCCGCGCCGCCGUGCGCAACUACGACGACGACGUGCCGGCCAACACGGUCCGCGCAUGGGUCAUUGGCCUGCUCUUCACCACGCUCGGCUCAGGCCUCAACAUGCUGUUCAGCAUGCGCGCCCCGUCCAUCAUCAUCACCACGUACGUCGCCCAGCUGCUCUGCCACCCGGUCGGCCUUGCCUGGACCAGGGUCAUGCCGGACCGCCGGUUCACUGUAUUCGGCAGCGGGUUCAACCUGAACCCUGGGCCGUGGAAUAAAAAAGAGCACACCCUCGUGGUCAUCAUGGCCAAUGUCAGCUUCGGCGGCGGCGCGGCGUAUAGCACUGAUAUUCUCCUGGCCAUGAAACAGUUUUAUAAGCAGGAUUUUGGCUGGGGCUUCCAGCUUCUUCUCACCUUUACUAUAUCCAUGUGCGGCUUCGGCAUGGCUGGCCUCUUCCGUCGCUAUCUCAUUGAGCCCGCCGCCAUGAUCUGGCCGAGCAACCUCAUCAACACGUCGCUCUUCUACGCCCUCCACGACCACUCGCCUUCCGACCCCGCCAAGACCAACGGCUGGUCCAUCGGCCGCUACCGCUGGUUCUCCUACGUCUGCCUCGGUUCGUUUGUAUGGUACUGGUUCCCCGGAUUUAUUGCGCCAUUCCUCAGCGUCUUUGCCUUUGUCACCUGGAUCAAGCCGCAGAGCCCCGUCAUCAACCAGCUCUUUGGCGGCUGGACCGGCAUCUCCCUGAUCCCCAUCACUUUUGACUGGACGCAAAUUAGCGGUUACACCACCUCGCCGCUAAUUUUCCCCUGGCACGCCAUUGCCAAUACCACAGUCGGUGUUGUCGUCUUUAUGAUGAUAACCAAUAUUGGCAUUCACUACACAAACACCUUUUACAACCUCUACCUCCCUAUCAGCGACUCAGCGAGCUACGACAACACUGCCAACCCGUACAAUGUCAGCCGAGUGCUUACGCCAGACUACGAGCUCGACAUGGCAAAGUACAAGGCAUAUUCGCCACUCUUUCUCUCUGCCACUUUUACCAUGGCCUAUGGCGUUUCCUUUGCCGCCAUUUCUGCUCUGGUCGUCCAUACGAUUCUCAAUCACGGCAAGGAAAUUUGGCUUCGUCUAACAACCAUGGGCAAGGAUGACGAGGACGUGCACACCAGAAUGUACGCCAAGUACGAUCCCGUUCCCUUCUGGUGGUACGCCGUUUUAUUCCUGGUCAUCUUUGCCCUGGGCCUCGGAACCACUCUGGGCUACGAUACACACAUGCCCGCGUGGGCCUACAUCAUCGCCAUGGUGCUUGCCUGGCUCUUUAUCCUGCCAGCGGGCAUCAUCCAGGGCGCCACCAAUGUCCAGAUGGGCCUCAACGUCCUGACCGAGUUUAUGGCCAGUUAUAUGCUCCAGGGCCGCCCCGUCGCCAACAUGCUCUUCAAAGCGUACGGGUACAAUGCCCUGUACCAAGGUCUGGCCUUUGUCAGCGACAUGAAGAUGGCCCUGUACAUGAAGGUGCCGCCAAAGACGGUCUUCAUGGGCCAGACGGUCGCCGUGGUCUGGUCCUCGAUUGUCCAGAUUGCCGUCUUGAACUGGGCUCUGGGCGCCAUUUCCGGCAUCUGCGACUCCAAGCAGGAGAACCACUUUACCUGCCCGGGCGCCAAAGUGUACUUCAACGCCUCGGUCAUCUGGGGCGUCAUUGGCGCCCAGCGCAUGUUUGGCGUCGGCGCCCUGUACUCCCCCUUGCUCUGGUUCUUCCUCGUCGGUGCCCUCUGCCCGGCCGUGACAUGGGUCUUUUUGCGCCGCUACCCGCGCUCCAUGGUGCGCUUCGUCAACUGGCCCAUCAUCUUUGGCGGCAGCGGCAUGAUCCCCCCCGCCACGGCCCUCAACUACCUCUCCUGGGCCUGGGUCGGCUUCCUGUUCAACAAGUACCUCCGCAACAAGUACCGCGGCUGGUGGAUGCAGUUCAACUACGUCACCUCGGCCGGUCUCGACGUUGGCCUCGCCCUCUGCACCAUUCUCAUCUUCUUGACCCUCAGCCUGACGGGCACCGAGAUGACGCCCUGGUGGGGAUCCGUCGGCGCCCUGAAUACAAUGGAUGUCACGGACACGGCUAUUAUCCGACCUCUGGCGGAUGGUGAGACGUUUGGCCCCAAGACUUGGUGA